CACAGAACAGUGUCUCUCUUGAACUUGAUCUGCAAACAGUAUGAAGAGUCUUCAGGAAAGAAUCAUCAUUUUGUCAGUUUUUCUGUCUCUGAUCUGCGUCAUUCAGGUCAAUUCACUGCCGGUGCCUGAAGACCAGAAUGGAUUGCUGCAGCGGACAAAACGGUCACUUCUAUGGCGUUGGAACAGCUUGAAGCCUGUUGGUGCCAGCUGCAGAGAUCACGCAGAGUGCGGCACAAAAUACUGCAGGAAAAAUAUCUGUUCUUUCUGGAUCUCCAACUGAAGAAGAGAUACACAAACAUACCUUCCUCAGAGUGCCUGUCUGCAAAACAAAUGUCUGCUUUAUGGACCAAGACCAACCUGUCUCAAAAUGAACACUAUGAAAUUACUGCUGACUUGAACUGAAGGCCAAACUCCAUUCAGCUAAAGUAAUCUGAUCUGGCGCUGCACUGCAGCAAAACAAAGCUGUAAAUGCUGCGUUCACAUGAACAAAUGUCUCCAUCUAGGGCAAUUUUGAUUUUUAAGGAUUUAAUUUGUAUAAAACACUUGCAGGACAUCAGACAGGCUGUAUACAUCUAAACAUGUUUCUCAGAAGAAAAUAUAAAUCUUCAUGCAAAGUUUGCAAGGUGCUCUGAGUUUAUUGGUUCAUGUUUUUUUUUAUUAUUAUAUAUUUAUUUUUGUACAUGUUGUUGUUUACAAUGUAAAUAUUCAAAUUUGUUUCAUAUUUCUCAAGGUUGUAUUGCCCCAAUUUUGUUUGUCAACAAGUUCAGAAGAAAUUAAAACAUUCCUCACAGUUCCUCCUAUUCUCUCAGCGCAAUGGGGAAAACAAAACUUAUGUUGGUUGAGAAUUAAAUAUUUUUGUAUUUAUUCAUCCGAGGACGUGUGAUACUGUGAUUAUUGACUGAGCAAAGAGACAAACUUUGUCUCACUGCUUUUACAUUAUUUUUAACAGACCUUUUUCACAGCAGCUAUUUUAACAUGAAACAGUGCAGACACAGGCGUUACCAAUGGUACUAAUUAAGCGUCGGAACCUUCGUUAGUUAGUGUUGGUAACACCUGUGUGGCCCCUACUAUUUCAUGUCAGGAUGGCUGCUGUGUAAAAGGUCUAUAAUUGCUGUUUUUCCAACAAAAGAUCUUGUGAUGA